UACACAAACCAGCAAGAUGUCAGCCAAACCAGGCCUCUGUGAAGACCAGGAUGUGAUGGAUUUUCACGAUUUGUGUGCAUCUCCUGCUAAAAGUGAGACCAGUUCAGUUGACAUAUAUGAUGGGCUGGACAUGUCGAUGACUGUACCAGAGGAAACCACCAAGCAAUCAAGUCCUUCAAGAGACUGUUUGGACCUGUAUGAGGAAAUUUUAACAGAGGAAGGAACUGCUAAGGAAGCAUCACUUAAUAAUUUGAACGUGGAUUAUGAAAAGUGUCAGAAACAAAUAAAGCAGUUGAUAAGCAAGUUGAAGGAAAUGCAAUCUUUGAAUACCAACUUACAAAAUGAAAACCAGUGCUUAAAAAAGAACAUUUCUGCUCUUAUAAAAACAGCAAGAGUAGAACUCACACGUAAAGAGGAAGAGAUCGACCAACUUAGUCAAAGGUAAUCAUGGUCUAGCAUCUUUAUACAUCUGCUGCGUGUUCCAGGAACCACUCGAAGUUUUAGGUCAGAUCCAGUACCAUUACUAAGCGCUAAUACAAAAUUAAAGGACAAAGAGCUUACUAAAGAUACAGUAAAGAAGCCUAGUAGCACGAAGAAAGAAGUGAAACUACAAGAAACGUCCUCUAAAGACCUGACGAGUAAUUAUUCUUCUCCAAAAAGCAUUUCUGAACAGACAAAGUCUUGUGUCGAAAACAAUGCAGCAUUGAUGUCAAAAACACAACUAAGACGCUACAAGGAGACUGAAGAAACAGAGAAACAGACUUCACGACACAAGGUAGGGGAAGAUAAGAAGACUAAAACAGAAAUGGACUCCUGCAGUCAGAGUAGAGAUGUAGAACGAUGGCAAAGGAGUGAAGAACACAGAUCUAGUCUCAGCCCUGGAAUUGAUGGUAGUAUUUGUGAAGUAAAAGAAAAGUCACAUGGACAACCAACAAAAACUGGGAAAUGUGAAAGAGCUCAAGAAAGCAGAAAUUCUAAAAAGUCAGAUGUUGAUCACAAAACAGACAGUAGAAAACACAGUUCAAGCUCCCAUGAUAAACCAAGCUUUUCAAAGGAAAACACACGGGGUCAAGAACUGCAUCAUUUAAAAGAAAAGCAUAUAAAAACACAUGAAAAAUCUGAUCACAGAAAAGAGUCCAAGGGACAUGAGCGAGACAAAACUGUGGAGCAUAGACACAGAAAAUCGGAAAAGGAUGAUGGGUCCCAAAGGUUGAAAGGAACACAUACUUCAAGUCCUAAAACGGAAUGCUCUCAAAAAUCCUUAACAUCCGAACUGAAUUCUGCCAAAAGGAGUAAUGAUUCUGACAGAAGGGAUAAGCGUUGUUCAAAUUACAGUGAUUCCAAAAAUGUAAGCAAAGACUCAAAAUCAAACAAGACUGAAGCUAGGCCAUCGGCAACCAAACAUAAGAAUAAUUGUGAUGUCAAAAGUUCUGACAUGGACAUUAGGACUGAAAAGAAAAGAUCUAAAGAUGAAGAACAUGAUAUUAGAUCUGAUCAAAGUCACAGGGGGCAUAGAAAGGAAGAAAAGGUGGCUCACCAGUCUUCAAAUAAAGAGAAAUUGCGAGAUUGUCCUAGUAAAGCAGAAGUGAAGUCCCCAAACGUUACAAAAGUCUUAACCACUCAGAAGGACGAUAGCUCUGUAAAGGACUUUAAGUUAUCCUUUAUGGAGACUCUUAAUCUCACCCUUUCGCCUGCUAAAAAAAAAUCUCAGGAUUUAGAUCCAGCCAACUCUACUGUGUCUACUAGGGAAACUGUCAUCAAUUCUGUACUUCAUACAGAGGCAUCGACUAAAGUGUGCGUAAGGGCUAAAGAUGUUGCAGAUUCUCAGGAAUGUUUAAGUAAACCUAACCCAACGGAUAAUACAAAAAUGUCUAUAGAAGAGGCAGCUUCUUCCAAUGAUUUAACAUUAGAGCAUCAGUCUGAGCCUGUCGAAGAUACCAUAGCACUUCACAAAAAGCAGUCAAAGGUGACUGUUAAGGCACUUGCAGAAUCUAUUCAAUCAGAUGUAGAUUGUCCACAUGUUGUAAAUACUGAACCAGAGGCCAACAUUUCUGAUGAUUUUGACACACAAAGCAUUUUAAAUGAAUCUGAUUUUAUUGUACUCGACUCUUACAUUGAAAUUGAGAAGUGCAGCGGUAAUGAGAUGCCUUCAGAAAAUCUGAAUAUGUCCGUGCCAGUUGAAAAUUUCCAAGAUGAUGAAGUUAUCUUGGUGCAGAUAUCUGAAGAUGUUGACCAGACAAGCAGCUUGAAGCCAAAUAUAACUGGGCCGACAGCAGGUAUAUGUGAAUCCUCAAAUACUGAUCAGUGUUUACAUGAUGAAAGCUCUGUAAUGAGUCUUGACUUAAAUUUCUUAAGACGCAUACCUAAGGUCGUCAGUCCACUAAAAAGCCCAGCCAGACCUUUAGCGCAUCAGCCUACAACUGAACGCACAGCCAAGGUUUCAGUAGUGAGCAUUUCAUAUAAAGAUCUACCAUCAUAUGCAAGUAUAAGCAAUCACAAUGAACUGAACAAAGAGAAUUGUGAACCAGUCAGCAAAACUGAUUUGAGCAACGAAGCUUUCCCCAUAGAGAUUUCUUCUGAUGAAGUUGAGGAAGGGGAGAUUAUAAGUGAUGAAGAACCGGAUAACGAGCUGUCCUCUCAGUCUAAAAGUAGCCCACAAGCCGAGCCCAUCAAAGAUACAAAUGUGAUCAAGAGCCCAGUAAGCCAGGAAAGCAAGAUAGCGACUUUGACCAAACCAAAUGGAGUGAUUUCACCACUGAGGCCGUCAACUUCAGAAACUAAGAAAAAACCAAAAGACAUUAGAAAAGCAAAGUUGCUUGCAUUUCCAGUUGAUAAAAGAAAAAAUGUAAAAGGUGCCUCUUGCCUUGAAGGAGUUUUAAACAUUGUCCCUCCAUCAAAUAUACAGGAUGUGCUACAGAUGCUGAGAAUAAUAAGAAAGCAUAUACGAAAAAAAUACAUGAAAUAUAAGGUAAGGUUUCCACUGGCCCAGUUCCAACGCUUUGUUGAAGCAGCGUCAUUACAAUUCACUACGCUAGCAAACCGUUUAGAUUGGUCUAGUUUGUGUUCUUCACCAGACUUAUUGCAAAACAAACUGUGUAAGUUCAUUGAAACCAGACUAAAGCAGCUUAAAAAUAAUGGGAUUGUAAAUCGAAUCUUUGAGCAGGGGCAAAUAGACAUGAAAAAGAGGCUAUGGAAAUUUGUAGAAGAACAGCUUGAUUCUUUAUUUGAUACCCUUAAAGGAAUGAUGGUAAAACUAUGUGAUAAGGCCAAAUUAGAAUGUGACCAAGACGAGAAAAAAAUAAGCACGUUAUCAGUAACAAAAGUGCAAAAAUCUGAUCAAAUAAAAAAAUCUCAAAAUGUAAGCAAGACUUCUAAGACUAAAACUUCCUUGGCUAAAUCAAAAAAUGAACGUUGUUUAAGACGUUUGGACUUUCACUAUAAAAGAGAUGUUGCAAAUACAAAACCUCAAACCACAGAUGAUCCCAGUCUGGAAAAGAAGCUCUUAAAACAUUUAAGUAGCAGCUAUGACAAAAAUGGUAUUUCACCGUGUGAUAACAUGAGCCCAAAAUCCAAAAUGUCCCUUUCCACUGCUGCAAAACCUAACGCAUCCAAUGAAUGCCAAAAAGAUCGCAGUUCUGCAGGUUUAUCCUUCAACUUGGUAAGUGACGAUCACAUGGGUGACAUUUUUAAACGUUUGCUAAAUGACUCUGACAAUUUAGAGCUUAACCUCCCACAUGAAAACAUAUGGUUAUUGGACACUCCAGAGAAAAAAAGCCUCUCGGGCCAGGAAUAUGACACAGUAAAUUCCUUGGUAGAGAUCAAAACACCAGUAAAGGCAGUUUUUCCUUGGCCUUCCAUUUCCCCUCAACAUAUCAAUACUUUCCCUAGACUUGAGACUGUACUGACCCCAGAUGUUUUUGAUGAAAGUUGUUUGCUGGAAGUCCCUACCAGUGCCUCAUCCAACAAAAGCACAGUAGAGGACAGACUCAAAUCCUAUUCUGUUCUUAUGGAAGAUCUUGCUGUGUCUCUUACUGUUCCUUCCCCCCUGAAAUCUGAUUCUCAUCUUAGUUUUCUUAGGCCAGUUUGUGAUCCUGAAUCAGUAGCUCAAGUGUUUGCACAUUAUAAUGAAAAUGCCGUCCAGGAUGAGGAAGAUGCCACAGAACAGGAUAUACAUUUAACUUUGGAUUCUGACAACUCAAGUACAGGUUCACUUGAAAAUUCAACUGAACCUGAUGGCUUCCAGUGCCAUCCAAGCGAACCCAUGCAAGCAGUUAUAAUGGAGAAAUCAAACGAUCACUUUAUUGUUAAAAUAAGACGGGCUAUAUCAUCCAGUUCUCCAAUGUCUGACAACUCAUCUGUAGGAGAAGCUGACAAUGCUGCCUCAGGUCAGCUGGAGAGUACACGCUGUAACAUUUUUGAUGAAAGUUUACAAGGGAUCCAUAUUGAAACCAAACUCGAAGCAGACCCUAAGAACAGUUUACUUAGUGACGCCGCAUUGCCAUAUUCUGUGGAGUUAAGUUUCUCAAAAAUUGAUGAGAAUUCAGAAAAUUUUACAAAUGUAAAACAACGGGUCUGUUCAUCGCCUAAAACUGUGCACGUCACAAAAUCUAUAUUACCUGAUGCCUUAAACCAAAACAUAACAGACCCAUCUGAAGUCGAGUUAACAAAUGUAAUUUAUAUAGAGAAAGUUCAGCUAGACUGUGAAACAGUGACUAUCUGUUCUGAAAAAAAUCCAGAAGAUGGUGGCGAGAUAAAAACAACCAUUGCAGAAAAACAGCUGAUGGAUUGUGACAAGAUCAGCUUUACAGAAGAGGUCAUACACAAUCAAACCCUAUGUACAGACACCUCUAUGGGGAGUAUUCCUAAAGCUCAGUCUAUGAACUCAAAGAAAAAGAAACGGAAAUCCUCAGAACAGGAACCUGUAUCAAAGAGGCGAAACAUUUCUUUUCUACCAGACAUUAAAGAUAAAAACAAAGGCUCCAGGUGUAGCAAAACUGAGAAUGAAGACAAACUGCAAAGAAAACACAGGAGAGCUGUUAGUGAAGGAAAUAUUAAAUUCACUUCAUUAAAAGACUCCCCAAGUGGUGGGAUUUCUGCAAAGAAUGUCAUCAAAAAGAAAGGAGAAGUGGUCGUCUCCUGGACAAGAAAUGAGGAUCGUGAAAUUCUUUUGGAAUGUCAACAAAAUGGACCACACAGAAAAACAUUUCUUGCCUUGGCAACAAAGAUGACUAAAUAUCCACAUCAGGUGGAAGAAAGAUUUCGACAGUUAAUGAAGUUGUUCAAGAAGAGCAGAAAUAGCAUAAGCUGACAUGCUUUUAUACUACAGGACUAUGGAUGCAUCUUUGUU